GAAAAUCCCUCCCGAUCACCCUUAUUUGAUUGUAUUGACAUUUAUUUUAACAUUUUUACCCUCGUUAUGGAUGGUGUACCUUUGACCCUCGCCGGUGUAAUGUUAUUUGCUUGUUUAACUGUCUUAUUUGACUUUACACUCGGUAUUUGCCUUUGUAUGUUUGAGACUUAUUAUGAGUGUUUCACUUUCCUAUUAUGUGACGCUGGACUGUUGAUAAGGUGAUGUUGUUUUACUGCGCACGACAUUUUGUUUUGGUUCAACUUACGGUUGUGCAGUGAUUUGACUGUUUGUCUUUUGACUGUCUACUGGAAACGUUUGUUUGUUGAUUUGAUUCCUGUAGGCAGAGUUUUGAUCCCUUUUGCCGGGAAUAUUCCUAUUGACCGACAGGUAUUUAACAGUUGUAUUUUUUAACCAGUUUUUACCGUGUAGUACGUAUUUGUACCCGAGAACGUUUUGGACUGUAUAGUUACCCAACGGCACUGUUGAGGUAUUUUUGUAAUUUGACAUAACUUAUUGUUGCUUUGAUAGUACCACAGAUUUUGUUACGAAUCUACUAUUGAAUUACUACAAACCGUGUUUUGAUAUUUCGAUCCAACCUUUGACUGUGCGUCACUCGCGGAAGUUAGGAAGCUAUACAGUAGAACGCAGGAACUAGUCAGAUUCACGUCAGUUGGCACCGCCUAGCUAUUUCCCGCGUUCAGGCCAAGAUUAUUGGAUUCUGGCCGCUACAGUACUCAACAACCCGUCACUGCUGUACCUGGCAAUCGCAAGGUGUUCCUUGAGUCAAUUCCGGACGGGGAAGGUGACAUGUCCAUGGAUCCGACCUCAGAUACCAAGCAAGUCCCUCUUGAUGUUAUUUCAUGCCGUGGCUCUGAUAAUGGUACAGUUAUUGACUAUAGUAAGACUAGUCCUUGUAGGACCUCUGCUCAGUUGAAGGUACGACAGUUGGAUGAAAGGCAAGAGUUGGAACUUCGUGAAUUCAAGGCUAAACAAAGACAGGAAAGGUUGCGUCUGCAUAAAGAACUCAACUUAGAUGUGAAUGGGGGUUUAGGUGAUACCUUUUCCUUGGAUGAUGAUAUAAAGUGUCACAAAUCAGUUUGUCUUGGCAUUGACCCUCAUAGCAGUUCUGAUCGUGAAACGACUAGCCAGGGGAGCAGCGCAGAAAACAAAGGGGUUGCCGCUACGUUGCCUUGUGUCAGUGUUGGCCAUGAGUUGCCGAAAGUAGAAUUAAGCAGCUUUGACGGACAUCCAGCCAAAUAUUGGAAGUUUAUGAGGCAGUUUGAGCUCUACGUUGUCUCUAAGGUUGAUGAUGAUGGACAGAGGCUGUUAUACUUGUUACAUUACUGUAAAGGUAAGGCCAGGGAGGCUAUAGAGGAAUGCAUUAUGUUACCACCAUCUGCUGGUUAUCGUAGGGCUCGGGAUAUACUCAACGUUUGUUUGGAAGGACCCAUGAAGUCAGCCGGGCCUUACUACAGGAUCUGAUGGAAUGCUCGAACAUAGAACAAAACGAUGCUGAGGCAAUGUCGAGGUUAGCUAUAAAAAUGGAAAACUGCGCUAUAGCCCUAGAGCAAAUGGACUAUACUGCGGACCUUAACUCCUUGAGAACUUUAGAAGGUAUAGUAAAGAAAUUGCCCCGUGUGUUACAGAUGAAAUGGGCGGAGACUGUCGAAAAGCUAACUGAAACCGAACGAGAACCUACCUUCGCAGAGUUAACGCAGUUUGUGUCAGCACGUGCGAGCAUUUUGCUAAGUAGGUUUGGACAGCUGGCAACAAGCAGUCGACGACCAGAUAGUAAAAUAGCAUGUUCCACGCAGCAGCUAGUACCCGUUGGGGGAGUCCUGAAACCUUCAUGUAUAUUUUGUGGAGGGAACCAUGUAGUCACAAAAUGUACCACAUUUCUGUCGUUACCGGUGGAUGAGAGAUGGUCGAAGGCUAAAGAAACAGGUUGUUGUUUUUCAUGUCUUAAAAGGGGCCACAGGUCCGUAGAAUGUAAAAUUCACAGGGUGUGCAGUGUAGAAGGUUGUAAAGCAUACCAUCACCCUCUGUUACACAAGAAGACCCACCACGCCGUAGGCGAACAACCGGAGAAAGGUAGUUGUGGAUGCACCGAGUCUCUCAGAGAAAGCGUGUGUUUGGGCCUACUCCCGGUACGUGUAAAGCACGGUAAUAAAGAGGUUUACGGUUAUGCUAUCUUGGACAAUGGCUCUGAUACAACUUUGAUCACGAAAAUGUUUUGCAACUUCUAGGAUUGUCGACUGACGGCACAAAGACUAUCAUCAAAACUGUUAGUGGAAGUAGAUUGGCGGACUCAGUCAGCAAGCCUUUCGAAGUUUAUUCACUAGACGGAAACGAAUGCAUACUUAUAGAUCGAGCAGUUGUGGCAAGAGAUCUCCCAGUACGGAGACCUAAAGGGUCGAUGCGAGAAAGUAUUAAAAGGUGGCCGCAUCUGACUGACGUACCCUGGACAGAGGUGGAAGACGGGGAGGUAUUGCUGCUCAUCGGUUGCGAUGUACCUGAGGCUCACUGGGUUCUAGAUCAGAAGUUAGGGGGCAGAAAGAGCCCAUAUGCUGUGAGAUCAUUGUUGGGCUGGGUCGUGUUCGGUCCGACAAGCUUUCGUGAGCACAGGGAGAGGGUUGUGAAUUGUAUGUCUCGGUCAGAUCUAUUAGUCGAUCAAUGGAAGAAAAUUUACGAUUAUGAGUUCAGCGAUUUGUACUCGGGAGAUAAGUCGUUAUCUGUCGAUGACCUAGCCGCUGUAAACAUAGUGCAGCGAGGUACUUAUUGGGAUAAUGGACAUUUCGUUGUCCCCUUGCCCUGGAAAAUGGAGUCCAAGAGAGUAUACGGUGGAUGCGAAGUAGCCAGGCGACGUUUGGAGAGUUUGAAACGCAGACUAAUAUCCUCUGAAAGCCUUCGCGAAAGCUACACUAGCGCCAUGGAAGAGACCAUCAGAAAGGGAUAUGCAGCAGUAGCUCCUGAGCCCCAGCUUAAUCCUAGCUACCGCCCACGAUGGUAUUUGCCGCAUCAUGCCGUAUUUAACCCCAAGAAACCGGGGAAGGUAAGAGUUGUGCUGGACUGCGCUGCCAAACUGUCCGGAACUUCUUUAAAUGACUUCCUGUAUCAGGGACCAGACACGACAGCGAACUUGGUUGGAAUAUUAUUGCGUUUUCGCAAAGAACUGAUUGCCCUGACGUCCGAUGUGGAAGAAAUGUUUAUGCAGGUGAAAGUCCCAGAGUUUGACCGAGGUGCUCUGCGGUUCCUAUGGUGGCCUCAGGGUGAUUUCUCGAAGGAACCUAUUGAAUAUCAAAUGACGUCACACCCAUUCGGUGCAGUGUCCUCACCGUUUUGUGCGUAUUUUGCAAUGGCCAAGACUGCCGAGACGUAUGCCAACGAUUAUGAUAGCUAUGUGGUGGAAGCAGUGAAGCAUAACUUUUAUGUUGAUGAUUGCCUAGUGUCCUUUGCAAGCCCAGGUGAGGCAAAAACGUUCGUAAAACAGUCCACUGAGUUGUUGUUACGUGGUGGCUUUAAAUUGAAGAAGUGGGUGACUAAUUCAGAGGCAGUGAGAGUAGUUCUUCCUGGUCUGAGCCACACAGAGAACUCAGUCGACUUACGUGUUAGUCAAGGCUCAAUCCACAGGGCCCUAGGUUUGGAAUGGGACACCAUGCAUGAUGUUUUUAAGUUCCGAUUUGAACCCGUCGAAAAACCCUUCACGAAGAGAGGACUACUAUCCACCGUCUCAGCUCUUUUUGACCCACUAGGCCUCAUCGCCCCAGUUUGUCUUCCGGCCAAGCAGCUAUUGCAGAAUCUUUGCAAAUCUCAUGCUGGUUGGGAUACACCCCUGAGUUCCAAUGACCUAUCCCUAUGGAUGGAUUGGAUGAGGUUCAUGAAGAAUCUUGGGCAAAUCUCCGUACCCAGAAGUAUCAAGAAGGAGGAUAAGAGUGAGAUGAGUAAGAUUGAGUUGCACUUAUUUUGCGAUGCCUCUGAAUCUGGUUAUGGAGCGGUGGCUUAUUCGUGGAACGUUCCAAAAAACACGCCACCCUACAGCAUACUGCUUUAUAGCAAAUCCCGGGUUGCCCCUCUGAAAACGGUGACAGUGCCGAGAUUAGAGUUAGCUGCGGCAGUAUUGAGUGCACGAAUGAGUGAAAUUUUGAGGAAGAACCUCCCAAAUAGCUUUGACAAGACUUAUUUUUGGACAGAUUCUAUGAUUGUUUUGUACUAUAUUAGAAAUACAGAGAGUCGGUAUAGUACGUUUGUGGCCAACCGUCUAGCCAUUAUUCACCAGUAUUCAUCCCCAAAUCAGUGGGGGUACGUUAAAUCUGAAGAGAAUCCCGCAGAUUGGACAUCAAGAGGCAUACGAAAAGCGUGUGAAUUAGCGUCUUGGAUUCAGGGCCCCUCUUUUCUGGGAACCCGACAGUUUUCAAGUACCACAGACCUCUGCUGGAAGGAACCACCGAAAAAUGUCGAAUUGAAGAGGUCGGUCCGAACAAACACAAACGUUACUGAGCUCACUGCUGAUCCGAUUUUGGCGUAUCAUUCGGACUGGGUGAGGCUGAUUAAAGCUGUGGCAUGGCUUAAGAGAUAUGUGGUCUACAUAUCCGUUAUGUAUUCGCGUCGCCAAGGUGUGUCACUGAAUGUUGGCUAUCUAACAGCCGAUGAACUGGAAGCUGCUAGACAUAAAGUAUUAUGUAUGGUACAACAGGAGGUAUAUGGAGAAUUAAUAAAGGAACUCCGAGAAAAGGGUAGUUGUGAGACUGAAGAAGGUGAAUUGCAAAGGUUGUCACCUAUACUUGUGGAUGGAUUGGUCUGCGUCGGUGGGAGGUUGAACUAUUCCGACUAUCCACUUACUUUUAAGCAUCCGGUUAUCCUCCCCAGACAUCACUUCGUGACUGAGCUGAUCAUAAGGCAUUAUCAUAUUAUAGAAGGACAUACUGGUACUUCGCAAGUCCUGGCCACUCUACGAAGAAACUAUUGGAUAAUUAAGGGGAUCAGUGCGGUCAAACGGGUGAUAAGAAAGUGCAUAGAGUGCCGACGAUUGAAAGCUGCACUGGGUCAGCAGAUGAUGGCCCCUUUACCGGUCUGUCGCGUGCAGAAAGGAUGGAAACAAGUUAAUUACUUAGCUGACGUAUUUUGGCGCCGAUGGAUGAAAGAGUAUCUACCAUGCUUGCAAACUCGUCAGAAGUGGUUGGGAAGGAAAAGAAAUUUCAAGGAGGGAGAUGUGGUGAUUGUGGCCUCUGAAAAAACACCACGUGGUUCCUGGCCUUUGGGAGUGAUCGAAACAUGCGAGAAGGACGAAGACGAUUUAGUAAGAACUGUGAUGGUGCGUAUGAAGGAAGGUACCGUGAGAAGAGAUAUAAGAAAGCUUUGUCUUCUUGAGGGAGUAGAAGAAAGAUAGAGUAUGCAGACAGCUAGGUAGAUAGAGCCACGGCUGAAUACACAGAGGUGUUUUGCGUGUCUGGAGGGAUUUUGGUGGCCGGUGUAAAGGAAAAAUGAUCUGAAAAUCCCUCCCGAUCACCCUUAUUUGAUUGUAUUGACAUUUAUUUUAACAUUUUUACCCUCGUUAUGGAUGGUGUACCUUUGACCCUCGCCGGUGUAAUGUUAUUUGCUUGUUUAACUGUCUUAUUUGACUUUACACUCGGUAUUUGCCUUUGUAUGUUUGAGACUUAUUAUGAGUGUUUCACUUUCCUAUUAUGUGACGCUGGACUGUUGAUAAGGUGAUGUUGUUUUACUGCGCACGACAUUUUGUUUUGGUUCAACUUACGGUUGUGCAGUGAUUUGACUGUUUGUCUUUUGACUGUCUACUGGAAACGUUUGUUUGUUGAUUUGAUUCCUGUAGGCAGAGUUUUGAUCCCUUUUGCCGGGAAUAUUCCUAUUGACCGACAGGUAUUUAACAGUUGUAUUUUUUAACCAGUUUUUACCGUGUAGUACGUAUUUGUACCCGAGAACGUUUUGGACUGUAUAGUUACCCAACGGCACUGUUGAGGUAUUUUUGUAAUUUGACAUAACUUAUUGUUGCUUUGAUAGUACCACAGAUUUUGUUACGAAUCUACUAUUGAAUUACUAC